GGACGGAAGUGCGGUCCGCGUGACGUCAUCAGCAGGUUCCUGUCCGCAGCGGCGCUCCUGGCGUUGUGUUAUUAUUCGGUUUAAUCGCUAAAUCUCAAUCAAUCCGACCGUUUACUGCAUUAGACGGGCAUUAUUCGUCCUUCUCGUGUGAUUAACGGCUGAUCGAAGCGCGUCGAACGCUGCACUGAGGCGCGAUGACGUCACCGGGGGGCGGGGCUCUGGCCGCGAGGGGCGGAGCCACGGUCAAGAGGAUGAAGUGGUCUCUGGAGCUGAGCCUGGGCAACAGCAGGAACCGUGGCGACAGGCAGAGCAAGGACGGAGACGUCAUGUAUCCGGUGGGAUACUCGGAUAAACCGGUCCCGGACACCAGCGUGCAGGAGGCCGACCGCAACCUGGUGGAGAAGCAUAAACGACAGGCUCUCGUGUGUGUGUGUGUGUGUGAAGCGUUUAAGCUGUUGGAGAGCUCCAGUCAGCAGUGGCUGCAGGGUCUGGUGUAUCUGAUCGGGAAUCUGCUGGGAUCUGCACUGGCCAUCUACAAGUGUCAAUCAAUGGGGCUCCUCCCGACGCACUCAUCUGAUUGGCUGGCGUUCAUAGAGCCGCCUCAGAGACUGGAGAUCAUGGGCGGAGGGAUGGUCAUGUGACGCUCUCACACACACACACACACACACACACACACACAGACACAGUGUAUUUAACAAGAACAGUUUAACCCCAUCUAUGCUGAUAAUUAGGUUAUAGUGAUGAUUUGUAGUGAUGCUGAUGUGUGUUGUUUUGUUUUGUGGUUUGCUUCAAAUUAAUAAAGUUUGUUUACCGGCCUUAAAGGUGCCAUAGAAUGGAAAACUGCAUUUA